AUGGGAAAUACAAAUAUAGGGUCUACUAAGAGGGUCAAUACCAAUAAGGCUUCCAAGAAGGCUAAAAGCAAUAACAAAGCAGAACCUGGAAAGAGUAAAAUCGAGAAGAGUAUAAGCAGGAGUACAAAUAAAAGUAAAAACAGAGGUGAUUCAAGUUUCCAUGGUGAACCAAAAGUGAAGAAAUCAAAAAAUGGGAAUGGAGACAACACUCUUGGCUUUGUUCCACAACGUAAAAGUAAAAAGGCCAAAAUUAAAGACAGGAAGAGCAAAGGAAGAGAGGUAAUUGAUAGUCAAACCAAGUCGAAGAACACGUUUGAUAUUUUAGACAACGAAAAAGAUGUCAAGGACAGUGCUAUUCGAGAACACAAAGUAAACUCUAAUGAUAAAAGUGAUGAUGAUGAGGAUGAUGAUGACGAAAUUAUAGAGGUUUCUGAAGCUUCGGACUCGGAUGCCGAAACUACUGGAAGUAUGAAUGAAAAUCAGGAGAUUGUAAACCCGGAUAAGGAUAUAGUCCUGGAUGAUAAUGACAAUAGCGAUGGGAGUGAAAUCGUGGAACUACCAAGUAAUAGCGAUGACGAAGAACUCCAGCCUCCUAGGAAAAUGCAAAAGACAGAACAAUCGAGCAUGAAUGACGACUUUAUUGCUUUUGAUUUUUCUGCGGAUGAAGAUGAAGAUGACGUACAGAAUGAUGAUGAGGGAAACGAGACUAAUGAUGAAUACAGUGAUGAAAAUGAGUAUUUGUCCAAUGACGAAGGAAGCUAUCAUUCUACUAAUAUCAAACACAAGGCAGGACAGAUCAACGACGAAUUUCCAUGGAUCAGAAAUAGCGAUCAUUCGAAGGAAAGAGAGAUUUCAGAUUGGUUAACAUCAGAAAUCAAGGAUUUCUUGAACUACAUUGCACCUUCUGCUGAAGAGAUACAAAGCAGAAACAAUUUAGUUGAAAACUUAAAGUCACAUAUUAAAUCUAUUUGGCCUGAUGCAGAAUUACAUUGCUUUGGUUCAUUUGCUACUGACUUAUACCUUCCUGGGUCCGAUAUUGAUUGUGUCGUUACCUCUAAACGUAGAAGGUAUGAUAACAAAAGUUCGCUUUACCAGCUGACUUCAUACAUUAGGAAUCACGGAUUGGGUGUCGAGGUGACGCCUAUAGCAAAGGCGAAGGUUCCAAUCAUAAAGUUUGUUGAUCCGAAAACUAGGAUUCAUAUUGAUAUUUCCUUUGAAAGAUCCAACGGUUUAGAUGCUGCAAAGUUAAUUAUAAAAUGGUUGAAAACAACACCUGGACUGAGAGAACUUGUACUGAUUGUGAAACAAUUUUUGGCAGUUCGUAAACUGAAUGAAGUUCAUGUUGGUGGGCUGGGGGGAUUUUCAAUUAUUUGCCUGUGUUACUCGUUUUUAAAACUUCAUCCUAGACUAUCCACUAACGAUAUUGAUGCCCAGGAAAAUAUUGGAUGUCUACUAAUUGAAUUUUUUGAACUAUAUGGCUAUAAUUUUGGCUAUGAUAAAGUUGCGUUGGCAUUUGCGUCAGAAACGGAACCAAUUUAUGUUUCUAAAUCCUCCAAUCCAGACCUUAUGGGAAGAAACCCCUUUUCGUUGGCAAUUCAAGAUCCCCAUGAUCCGUCUAACAACAUAUCACGUGGUUCGUUCAACUUAAGAGAUAUCAAGCGUGCGUUUGGUGGUGCAUUUGAGCUACUUGUCAAUAGAUGUUAUGAUUUACACCAUGCUACAUACAAAGAACGUUUAGGACAGUCCAUACUGGGCGGAAUCAUCAAAUACAAGGGGAAGCAAAGGGAUUUCAACGAUGCUAGAGGAAGUAUCAAGAACGUGGCCUUCCAUGCAGCAAACAACGAUGCUAGAAAGCCUCUACUCAAGAAAACCGGUGUUUUGCCGCCUCUUCCUACUGAAAAGGCCGGAAUCGACCCUAGUGAGUAUUACAUCUCAGAUUCCUUCUAUUCGGAGGAUGAGCAUGAAGCUGAUGAUAGGGGCAAGUUCGAAAAGAUUUUUGAAAAUUCACAAAAGAGCAAAAACAACAAGGCUACUCAACAGAAAGCACAAGAUUUCCUUGAUAUUAAAGAUAGUGGGGAGGAUGAAGACGAGGCAUACACACCACAAAUAGAAACGAAGAAAGAGCCAGAUUUUAGUGAUUCAGACGAUGAUUAUGAUCCGUCAAAAGAUUCCUCCUCAAAUCCCUCUGCCGUUUCUGCCGUGCAAAAGAGAGACUUUUGGGCAAAAAAGGCAGGCUUCUGA